AUGCCUGAUGUCUUUUUGGAAAUCUGCCCAGCACAUCACACAUGUGAACGUUUUCACACUCACCCCGUUAUAAAUUCGUCUCCCAACCACGCCCAAAUGCCGUUGGUAGAGUUAUCUUACCCUUCCAAGAUCCCACUAUGGAGAGAGCGUAAACUUGGAGCGUCCGAAAGCGCGUAUGGGAGGCCCAUAACCACAGUUGUAGACCUACCAGAUGGAAGCAAAUGUUGUAUCUUUGAAGGUGGACACAUACAUGCCAUGGGCGGACUUGCUGAGCCAUUCCCGGCGGAACAGUGCAUAGCACCUUACAAGCCCGUUCCCCCAACAAAUCCUUUUGGGUUGCGACCAGGUGGCCUGCUUGUCAGCAUCAAUAAAGAAAGUCUUCCUUAUAUCAUGUAUGGCGAGAUAUGGGAACUCUGGAAAAGCCUGGGAUGGGUGGAUUCUGGAUGGGGGCGACCACUGACAGACGAACAACCCUUGGAGGACGGAGGGCGAUGUCAAGUGAUGGAGGGAGGUCACAUUCACAGUUACGCAGGUAUCGCAAAAGGAUAUCCAGCGGACCAAUGCACCGCACGAUACAAACCAACCACCCGAGCUUUGAUUUUCAACCAAAUGCGACAUGAGGAAAGUUCACUAGCCGAACAACGCUUCCAGCCUCCGCAUUUCCAAAGGAAGUGGUCUAUGCUCGCCCUUCAAAAUCAACCUCUUGCGAAUAGAUCAGUAGCGGAACUAUUGGGUACGCCCUGGCAUCGAUUAAAAGAAAAUGGCAAGAAGCCUGGACAGCACUUCCACUUCCUGGGAGGCUACCUCAUCUCUCUAGACAGCAAUCCAGAGCCACCGCCGAUGCAAGUCGCACAACACUCAUUUCCUCCUCCUUCGGACCCGUCUUUACCAGGUUAUCUCCCUCCCGGAGCGAGAUCGCCUUACGGAAGCCCUCCAGUUCAAUCUGGACCCCCAAUGUACCAACUCCCGCAGCAGUCGCCUUCAUUCCCCAGUGGUUCCAAGGGACCGAAUACCAUACCAAUUGAAUUGAUUCCACCUUUUGCUGUCUAUGGCACGAUCUCCGAGUUUUAUGUGAAGGAGGGGGGCGUAGACGGCAAAUACGGAAGGCCAUUGGCCGACGAGCAGGACCUUGGUGAUGGCGGAAGAUGCUCGAUUUUCGAGGGUGGCCAUAUCCACAUGUAUCGUGGCGUGGCACAGGGGGCUACUCCAGAAACUUGUACAGCACCGUACCAGCCCCGAUCCCCACCUCCGCCUUCUUCGACCAACUCCCCAAUUGCCAAUUAUCCAACUCAGGCUCCUGGUAUGCAUCACCAGCCGAACUGGGGAUCCACUAGCCCCCAACAUCACCAGCCGAACUGGGGAUCUACCAGCCCCCAACAUCACCAGCCCAACUAUCCCUCGACGCCUUCACCCCAAGUUUAUGGUCAAGGUCAGCCUGGCACGCAACAGCAGCAGGGCGCAGACGAAGUCCACAAACGAACUUGUGGUUGGUGGUAUUGCUUGACUGGUAUUGACAUGGAUCAGGCGCCUGAGGACUUUGGUCCAUGCCGCCAAAAGUCUUCCCGGAUUCACCUCCCAGACUCAGUUCGAGAAUGAAACCGCGUUCAUCACACACGCACUCGCGCCCAACAAACUCUUCACCCAAAUCCAUUCAACAUCACGUCGUCAUCCAACUUACUCAACUCGCAUCCAUCUGUAUCUGUCCCUGUACCCUCCCUCAAACUCGCACACUCCACUUCCGCCUCCCUUACAAUGGCCUGGUCAACCCAGGGAUCUUACUUGAUGCUGUCACCUUGUUCUUGACAGUCAAAAUGUUUGAACACCGGAAUACGGAGACUUUACAUAAUUCUUCUUAGCACGACCACUCUAUCUUUCAUCAUGCCAACCCAGUCUGCUGUAGGCCGUCCUCCCUUAGCUUAGCUACGCAUUUGCUACCUUCAUUCACUGAUCUGUCGAGGUAUCCUUUUUAGUUUACCUUAGUCUCUUAGUAGACGUAGGCAGGUGUCUUAUUGUAACAUUUGUAACACAGCGGUUAUUGU